UUGACAGGCCGUUCAGGCAAUCCGCCCGUUCCAUAGCUGUAGCCCCGCCUUCUAUUCGGCGUCCUCACAAGCUCGUGUGAUGAUGUACAUUUUAGUUUGUAAAGUUUAGAUUGAGUGUUUGUUCUCUAUUACUGUAAAAAUAACCUGCAGUGUUUUACUGACUGAGGAUGAGUGAAUGAACUUUACAUGACAUUCUGCUGAGAUGGACGACUCCACUGAGGCCUAUUUGUGUGUCAGUGACCCCAAUGGGAACAGCGCCACCCACUGGUCGGACACACACUCUCAUCUGGAGCACGAGGCCGUGGAGAAGUUUAGGAGGAAACUCAAAUAUUUCUUCAUGAAUCCAUGUGAUAAGUACAAGGCUCGCGGGACAAAACCCUGGAAACUGAUGCUGCAAAUCGUGAAAAUCGCUAUCGUCACUGCGCAGUUGGUGUGGUUUGGUCUCAGUAAUCAGAUGGUGGUUCGGUUUAAAGAGGAGAAUCUGUUGACCUUCAGACAUCUGUUCCUCAUGAACUUCACUGAUGCCAGCAGAGACUCUUACGCUCUUUACACACAACAUGACGUCUACACACACAUCUCACACACUGUACAACAGUUUCUUAUUUUGCCAAAUGUAACUGUGGGGAAUCAUGAAUACCAGCGAGAAGGUGACGUUUACACCCCUUUAACCAUCUGUCAGCGGUUUUACAGUAAUGGAAGCGUUUCACCAGCCAAUGAGAGCUUUGACAUCAACACUCGAGUGAAUGAAGAAUGUUUACAGAUUUACCCGAUGGUUUCCUCCUCAAAUCCCACAGCAUAUCCACUGAAUUUAACCCUGCACUUUGAAAGGCUGUUGGCGGUGAAUGUGAAGUUCACUUUGAAAGCCAUUAACCUGCAGACGGUUCAACAUCAUGAGCUUCCAGACUGUUACAUCUUUAACAUCACGAUCAACUUCGACAACAGACCUCAAAGCGGGAGGAUGAAGAUUUAUCUGGAUAACAAUGUGGACGUCAGUAAAUGUAGAGACUGGACUGUGAUUGGUGCAUCACAGAGCAACAUUUAUAUGAUGGUUGUGUUUGAUGUGAUGAUCAUUUUAACCCUUGCCGUGUCUCUGGGUCUCUGCAUUCGCUCGGUGAAAGCCGGCGUCCUCCUGCAGUUUGAAUAUGCCGAGUUUUUCUCCAGUGGUAACAACAAAUGCAUGUCUCUGUCUGACCGUAUGGAGUUCAUAAACGGCUGGUAUAUUCUCAUCAUCAUUAGUGAUGUUCUGACCAUCAUAGGAUCUGUGCUGAAAAUCAUUAUACAGCUGAAGGCUGUAGAGAGUUAUGAUCUGUGCAGUAUUCUCUUGGGUUCUGGAACAAUGUUCGUCUGGAUCGGAGUUUUACGCUACAUGGGAUACCACAAAAAAUACAACAUUCUCAUCAUCACUUUGAGAGCAGCUUUACCAAACGUCAUCCGGUUCACCUGCUGUGCUGCUAUGAUUUAUUUGGGCUAUUGUUUCUGUGGAUGGAUUGUGCUCGGGCCCUAUCACACUAAAUUUCGGACACUGAACAUGGUCUCUGAGUGUUUGUUUUCUCUUAUCAAUGGAGAUGACAUGUUCAACACAUUUAAGAUCAUGGAGCAGAAGAGUUGUGUGGUGUGGCUCUUCAGUCGCAUCUAUCUCUACACGUUUGUGUCGCUCUUUAUCUACAUGGUGCUCAGUCUGUUCAUCACUCUCAUCACAGACACCUAUGACAUCGUCAAGCAUCAGCAGAUGGAGAAAGAGUCGAUCUCAGAUGUUCAGAUGUUUAUCAUGCAGUGUAAAGAUCCUCUUCAGUGUGGAUGAGAACACCGACAGAAAUCAUCUCUGCUAUAGAUUAAGGUCGCAUGAAUCUAGUGAGAAAGUCAGCUGUUAGAUCACUGAAGAACAUUGGGUUCAUAUCAGAAGUCUGAAGAUUUAAUCAGGAUAUGCAUAUGAACUUUAUCUAUAGACUGUCUAUGACGAGAAUAUAUAUAUAUAUUAAUUUAAAUAUAAUUAAUUCACAG